UAUAAAAUUGAGACAGUAGGUGUAUUGAUACAGGAAGCCUUAAGAGAAGCUGAGGCGAAGUACAGCUGACAAAACGUUAUUUGAUUUAACGGGCUUUAAUUUAAGGAAAUCCGUUAGAAACGCUCAGAUUUCGUGUGGAGCUGGAAAAGGCACGGCAGAGAAACACCCUUAUCGCCUGUUUCGACAGCUUUCUCAGCGGGGCUGCUUUAAAUAAUGUUUGAUAGCGGGUGUUAAAGUUUACCUGGCUGUCCAAGCAAAGGAGUGGCCUGUUUGUCCGACUGCCAUCGCAACAGGCGGCCUCAUGCUAAAUCAAAAGUUCAGAAAUGGCUUAAGGAGCAGCGGCUCGUCACAGGUAGACCGAAGAGGGAGCGCACCGAGCGGAGUGCCCAAAUUAUUUUGUAUUUUACUGUGAAGAGGAACUGCCUUCCAACCAACAGAAAUGGCAGCUGCCAGUUCGCCGCCAGGCCUCUGCUACACGAACUGUGGGUUUCAGCAGGAGCAGGAAAAGCCGCCCCCCUAUUCCUCACGCGGGGCCCUGCCGCCAUACAGCCCCCCGCCGGCCCCCCCAGCCCCCGUGCCCCAGUACGCGCCGCGCCUGAUCCCCACCCAUUACUCCUCGACGCAGUGGCAGCCACCCGCUGCCCACAGCCACACAGCUGUCAGGAACAGACUUUGCUUGGUGGCAUCCAUCAUCAGUGUGUUAAUUGUUCUAGCGACUGCAGGGACCGUUGUCUGGUACUUCGUGUCUUCUACCUGUGUGCUUGGAGUGUUCUGCCAGAGGUCACAGCUGUGCAUCGGCGCCUCUCAGUGGUGCGAUGGAGUGAGGGACUGCCCUGGGGGCGAGGAUGAAAAUCAGUGCUUGCGGCUCUAUGGCUCCAGUUUCCUUCUGCAGGCCUAUUCAACUAAGAGCAGGUCGUGGAAGGCAGUGUGUGCUGAUGGCUGGAAUGAUGUCUAUGGGAAAGCUGCCUGUGAGCAGAUAGGAUACAGCAGGCGCACAUAUGUCUCUUCUGGAGCAUUGAAACAGGACAGUAGUGGCUCACAAGGCUUCUUCAAGCUGGUGCCAGGGCUGGGCUCAGGUACAGUCCUGCAGAGACAGCUGUCCAGCAGCAACUCAUGCGCCAGCGACGCAGUUGUCACACUGAGGUGCAUCGCCUGCGGAGCAAGGAGGGGCCCCUCUGCGCGGAUCGUCGGGGGGGAAGAAGCCAGCCCGGGGGAGUGGCCCUGGCAGGUCAGCCUCCAGGUCCGGAACUCGCACGUCUGCGGCGGCUCCAUCAUAACGCCGGACUGGAUCCUCACGGCCGCGCACUGCGUGGAGAAGUACUCCAGCCCCGGGGACUGGACCGUCUCUGCCGGGGUGCUCACCCUGUCUGCGACGAGAAGGGCUCCCCAGUACACUGUGUCCCACAUCAUCUCCAACAGCUACGACACCGACACGAAGAACAACGACGUAGCCCUGAUGAAGCUGCACACCCCCCUGCAGCUCUCAGGCACAGUAAUGCCUGUGUGUUUGCCAAAUGUGGGUCUUAACAUCUAUCCAAAUCAGAAAUGCUGGAUAUCAGGCUGGGGAGCAACGCGGGAUGGAGGAUCCUCUUCUGAGACUCUGAUGAAAGCACAGGUCUCGCUGAUUGACAGGGCGGCGUGUAACAAGCGCACAGUGUACGCUGGGCUGAUAACCAACACCAUGAUCUGUGCUGGGAGUCUGCAGGGCGGAGUGGACUCCUGCCAGGGAGACAGCGGCGGCCCCCUGGUGGCUGAGGUCGACUCUCUGUGGUGGCUGCUGGGAGACACUAGCUGGGGAUACGGCUGUGCUCUGAGGAACAAGCCAGGGGUGUACGGCAAUGUCACCGCCUUCCUGGACUGGGUCUACCAGCAGAUGCAGAACAACCUCUGAGCAGGCGUUUUUCACGGAGCUGCUGCACAGGACCCUCGCCAGGGGAGCCCACUGCUGCCUCACUCCUGGACACGGUUUUGCAGAAAGAGAAGGACACUGGUUUUAAAAGUAUUCCCUGCUAUUUUAAUUGCCCAGGACUUUGUUAUUAGCAGUUAUUGAAUUCACUCGGGUUGAAUUCCCAGGUUCACGGUCCAUUUUAAUGAAUGCUGUACAUACAGAAGAAUCUGCGCCAGCGGCCAGGAGACAGCCCAGGCUUCAGACUGUGGACAGAAGCUGCCCUUCCAGGAGCUGACGGCGCUGGGCGACCAGUUGGCAUGAGCAGCGUGAUGCCCACCUCUAGGGUUCGCAGACGCUUGUUCCUGUGCAGCUCAGCUCCGUUAUGCCCUCCUCACACAGCGUCUGUGCACAUGGUCGCUGGAGCUGAGGGCCGGAGACAAGCAGGUGGACUUGUUCACAUCUUAAAUGCACUCGGAACGGGUACGGGUGGAGAAGUGGAGAGAGAGAAAUACAGGUAGCUCACCAGCGCAGCGUCUUCAGGUGAGGCAGAGAGGGAAGGGUGGUGUGCUCUCAGGCAGGUCUCUGUAAAUAACACAAGCACCUGUACAAAGCCCUGCGCUAUGUAAGGCUUCUUUGAGAACCCCAGCCUUGUGCCCGGCCACAGUCUGUACCUUCUGGCACAGACUGUGGCGUAAGAAAGGAGGAUUCCAGUAAUGUAUAUGAUCUGCAAUGCAGUGACCUUGAAAGACAUGAAGAUAUCCACUGAACCUCACUGCACUUCAGCUAGAGAUAAAUGUUCCGUGAAAAUUCUGUAUCUGUAUGUGCAAUUUGAUCUGUUCGUGAUUGUUCGUUUUUUAUAGAGAUAAUUCUGCUUCCCUUUUCUACAAAUACAUAGGAAGGCACUGUAUUAUGUGGAACUUUAAGAAGCACAUAAAAUGGAAAAUAUCUGAAGUGCAUCCAUCUUGUAUCUGAUAAAAUGGAGCAUGUGUGACUCUC